GUCCUGUUAUAUAGGUACCUACAACCGCCUGAAGUGUACAACAAUUUAGUCAUCACUUGUACGUAGAUAGCACUACGGCCAUUCGUUUUUUAUCGAGUGAUAGUACCUACUUUCUAUUUUUCUUUAUUAGCGCUGAGGCGUUGAACAUAACCAUAUAUAAUAGUAUUAUUGUAACUCUCGUUAUAAUACGUUAUAGAACUUGAUAAAAAUUAUAUUUUUCAAUACAUAUUAUAAAAAGAGUCUAUUCUCUACAUUUCCGGAAGCCACGUUAUGACGACGUAUAAAUUGACGUACUUCAACCUAACGGCUAGAGGAGAACAAAUCCGAUUCCUUUUAUCGUAUCUAAACGUCGAUUUUGAAGACGUUCGAUUCAAACCCGAACAAUGGCCAGAGAUAAAACCUACAAUGCCGUUCGGUAAAGUGCCGGUGUUAGAAAUCGACGGAAAAACAGUUAAUCAGUCCAUAGCUAUUAGUCGAUAUUUGGCGAAAAAAGCCGGCUUGGCUGGUAACGACGAAUGGGAAUCGCUAUUGAUCGACGUUGCAGUCGAUAACAUUUAUGAGAUAAGACAAGAAAUCAUGAAGUAUUAUCACGAAAAAAAUGAGGAAAUCAAAUCAAAAUUACGUGGCCCUAUCGUGAAUGAUUCAAUUCCAUUUUAUUUUGAUAAAUUUGAAAAGAUCGUUUCUGAAAACGGUGGUUACUUUGUAAAUGGAAAGUUAUCUUGGCCUGAUUUAUAUUUUGUGUCUAUUUUGGAUCACAUAAAAUCAGUAAUCGAUGUCGACCUGGUUGAUGGCCGUCCACAUCUCAAAGCUCUUAAACACAAAGUCUUGGAAAUUCCUCAAAUAAAAUCAUGGAUUGCUAGACGACCGAAAAGUCAAUGAAAAUAUCCGUAAUAUUAUUUCCUGUAAACGAAGAUACUUAGAUGCAUAUAAAUUGUAUUAAAAUCAAAUUAAUUAAUUGUGAAUACAUUAUUAUGCGUAUAUUUUGGAAAA